GUCGCUGUACCCCUAUGCUACCGCGGAGCAGAUAUGUUGCGUUACUAACUCGCGUCAGACUGGGAUUUUCACAACGAAAAGAUGCGCCUGCACUGGAUUGAAAUAAUAAAAGAAACCAGAAGAAGUCGGGGAAAAACUUUGCCCAACUAUGUCCAAACUUUAAUACACUAAAACCCAAAUAACUUCUCACCAGUUUCGAGUCUGUUAGCAUUGUUUUAUCUCCCCCACUAUUGCCAUUGGACGCGGUUUUUUUUUUUUUUUUUUCUUCUGGAGGAGUCCAGUCUGAUGAAUUCACCGAAAAAAGACGGAGACGAUGAUGUGCCCGUUAAAGACCCGGUAAAAUACGGCGAGUUGGUCAUUUUGGGGUACAAUGGAUCUCUUCCAACUGGAGACCGUGGGCGCAGAAAGAGCCGCUUCGCUCUGUACCGACGUGCUAAGGCCAAUGGCGUCAAACCCAGCGCUGUGCACAUCCUCAACACACCACAGGACAGCAAGGCUGUCCACAGCAGAGGGCAGCACAGCAUCUCUUUCACUCUGUCCCGUAACCAGACAGUGGUGGUGGAGUACUGCCAUGACAACAACACAGACAUGUUCCAGAUUGGACGUUCCACAGAAAGUCCAAUUGACUUUGUGGUGACGGAUACCUCUGGAGGGGGGAAGGAAGGGGAAGACCCCUCCAUCGCGCCAAGCACCAUCUCACGCUUUGCAUGCAGAGUCGUGUGUGAACGCAACCCACCUUACACUGCACGCAUCUACGCUGCCGGCUUUGACUCCUCCAAGAAUAUCUUCUUAGGGGAAAAAGCAACCAAAUGGAAAAACCCGGAUGGGCAUAUGGAUGGCCUGACAACAAACGGAGUGUUAGUGAUGCACCCAGAAGGUUUCCCAGAAGACCCCAAGCAGGGUCUGUGGAGGGAGAUCUCUGUGUGCGGAGAUGUAUACGCCCUGCGAGAGACACGAUCCGGACCCAGCCGAGGCAAACUGGCGGAGGGUGAGAGCAGUGCGUUACGUGAUGGUUCCCUGGUUGACCUGUGUGGUGCCACACUGCUGUGGCGUACAGGUGAGGGGUUGAUGCGUGCGCCCACCCUGCGUCAUCUUGAAGCGCUUCGUCAGGAGCUAAACGCGUCCCGACCUCAGUGUCCUGUAGGCCUCAGCACACUGGCCUUCCCCAGCCUGCCACGCAGCCACAGCCUUGAGGACCGUCAGCCCUGGGUCUACCUCGCUUGCGGCCAUGUCCACGGACGUCACGACUGGGGCCAAAGAUCUGAGGGGGAGGAGCUGCCAGGAGAGGGGGAGGGCUCCACCACCCGGAGAGAAUGUCCCCUUUGCAGAACCGUAGGUCCCUAUGUGCCGCUGUGGCUGGGCUGCGAGCCUGCGGUGUACGUGGACGCUGGGGCUCCCACUCAUGGUUUUGUGCCGUGCGGCCACGUCUCCUCAGAGAGGACAGCCAGGUACUGGGCCGAGACCCCGCUCCCCCAUGGGACGCACGCCUUCAGACCCAUCUGCCCGUUCUGCUCCACUGCCCUCAGUACACCUGGCUGGACGCGGCUCAUCUUCCAGGGCCCCAUCGACUAGUUGCCACUCCUCAGAAACCACUUUUACUAUCACAGUAACAGAAACAUAAAAAUGCCUGAGCUUCAUUCAUGAUGCAGGCGUUGAUCAGUGUUCAGUAUGGAUAGUUUAUUGAUAAGGAGUUCAAAGCAUGUGUGCCCUACACUCAGGUGGUUACACAUUCAGUGUGCAUAACAAACACUGGUCAAUGUUGUUUCUGAAUGCAGCUCUGGGAUGAAGAACCCCUCCCCUUGUUUAUCCUUGCUUGUUGAUUGGCGUAGGAUCUGGAGAAUAGGUGAAAAAGUUAACUCAACAUGUUGUCCUCCAUCAUGGAGACGCUUUUUUCAUUCCAACCAAAUGCAACACAAUCUGAUCUGACACAAAUGAGCUGAAACGAUGCUGCUUGCCCCUCUUCACUCAAUUGUUUUCACAUUAUAAUCAAAAUACCCAAUUUUUCAUUAACUAUAUCCUGUCAUUAAAUUAAAAAAACCGAUCCAAAUACUGUUUCAGAAGCCAUGUAUGAAAUAAUGAGUAGCUUUUUGCACAUAAGAAAAUAAUGGCCUUUUUGUCUUAGGUGAUCUGCAGCAUCUGUCUGCCCUUUACUCAGUGAAACACCACUGCUUGCACUACUUGGCCCGAUAUCCUUAAUUUAAAACAUGCUACUGUAAUUAUUGCUAAAUGCUGCAACUCUUUAUAUUGUUACUUUAAUCACCUCUCACCUUUACCUUUGACUCACUUUCUCUUUGUAGGUUUGCUGACUUUCCUAGUUACUUUUCUGAAUGACCGGCUGAUUUGUAGUCAUACCUCUCAGUAGGCUGGCAUAUAAACUACUUAGGCUAAAUGUGUGAGGUUGUGAGGUGAUAUGUGAGGCUGUUAUUCAGCAUGUCAACAGUUAAACCUAGUCAUUAAGACAUUUCCCCCUCCAAAAUCAUACACUGUUUUCAUUAUCCUCAUGUAUCAUAGUAGAAUCUAUGCAGAGAGCUCAUUCAUGAGACCCCUUUGUGUAGUAUAAGGUUGGAAUGAAAGCGUGCCGACUAUUUGAUUAUCUCCUCAUCUCAAGAGAGAACACUCACCACUGUGUGAUCCCACCACAAAGACAUCACCUGUUGAGCCCAGAUCUUAUCCCCAUCAUCAAGUAGGAGCGAGGAUAAGCCAGGUCUAGGGAUGAAACUGGGUAUAAAAUCCACUUCACAACUCUCUACAGCAAUAAGAGCACUCCCAUAGAUAAGCUAGAUGUUGUGCUAUGUUUAGCCAAGUGUUAAGUCUACAGUCGCAUCAAACAUGGCUGAAUGGUUUUCAGGUUAAGGGCUUAACCAGAGGCGUGUUCAAUAUUUAGGUUUUUGAUCUAAGAGAGUGUGAUUAAACCAAAGCACUAGACUUUAAAAGUGAGUAAUUAGAUACCUGAUGUUUAUUUAAAUCCUCAUUUCAGAUGCAUAUUUAGCCUUAACAUGCUAACAAAAACUAGCAUGUAUAGUCUGCAGAGGAGUGCAGCAGCCGACUGUCACUGCUGUGUUAAAUUGAACACGCUUCUGGUUACUGAAUAAUGCUAAACAGGGUCCAUGUUGUUAUGAUGGAGUGUCAAAAAGGUUUGACCUUGUAUAACCUCAAAAGAGAACCAUUUUUGUUGUUUUUAAGAAAAAAUAUUUUGUUAGGGAAUGGGGAGGGAUUUAUUUGGGGAAGGGGGGAUGAAUUCUUUUAGGUGUUCAGUGUUAAAAAAAAAAAAACAACAACUAUUUUUCUAACUGAUGAUUGGUUAUAGUUAACCACUGUUCCUCAGUGUAAGCAAGUUCUGUAUGUUUCUGAAUAUUCUCAUGUGGUAGGUGUAGGAGAGCUUGUGAGUGAGAAAACAUUGCCAACACUGUGUCCAACAAACACACUCAACACACUGCUACCGUUAAAACAUUGCCCAGACAAUGAAUGUAGCCAAAUACUCGGGCUAUAUUUAGCCUUCCCUGGUGCUCAUAUUGAAUGGUCUAUAUUGUGAUACUAUUUUUGUAACUGAAUAUUAUGGUGUAGCUUGGUGAUAUAGGUCAGAAAAAAAAGGUUGGAUAAUUUCAAUAAUAGCCUCAAGUAUGGAAGAUGUAUAACUGAUAAAACACGCUCACAUGGAAAUUGUGUCUCGCUUGCAUGUGCUGAACGUUCACAUACAGUAUGUACACUACACGUACACUUACUCGAAAACUUUGCACGGUUGAUCACCAACCCGGCAUUCAUGCUGAGACCGUUUGUCACAGACCAAGAUGUCUUCCGGCUUUUCAAACUGCAACAUUUCUGUUUGGUUUAUUUUUUAUUUUGUCGGGACGACCUCUCUAAAAGAAAAAAAAAAAACAAAAUAGAGCAAACAAGCCUAAAAAAAAUCCUAAUACUUGAUGGAUGUGUGAAGUUUGUGAAUGAGAUCUAUUGAAUCCCACUUUGUUCUACUAUGCUAAUAUUUUCCACCAAAUACACUGCAGAAAGAUGUCCACGUCAACACUUGUUUUCACUUUGUAUUUAGACCGAUCAUGGAACAUCUUAAAGUCAGCCUUCUGUUUUCAAAAAAGAUUCUUGUUUCCAUUUGAAGUCUGAAUACAAGAUGAAAAACUCCUUGCAGUGCAGUGGAUAAUGGAUGUAGUGUUGAUCAUUUCUGUAGCUCAGGAUUAGGGAUUUAGGAUUCACAGCUGGUGAGGCCUGAAAACUGAUCAUUUCACAAAAAAAAAAAAAUCAAUGUGAGGAAUCAUUGAAAGUAAAGGCCAAAACAUAGAAGGCAUUGUGUUGGGUAGACACGACACAAUCAGUCACAUAUAGAUCUCUGUAUAAAUAGAGUCUUGUGAAUGGAACAGGCUGUGAAAACAUCUUGAUCAGCUGGCCUUUACUAAGCAAGCCAAAUCCGGUGAAUCCUGCUUAUAAGAUGAUAUAUACAACGAUUAAUGUAACACACAUUGGCAUGUGGAUGGAAGAAAUGUUGCAGCACCCCCAUCGGC